UAUUGUGAGGUUGGGGCGGGGGGUUUAAGUUAUAGCUGGGAUAAAAAGUUCAGUGACUGUUUUAAAAUAUGUAUAGGUUAAACAACCGUGGUUUUACCCUGGGGUCUUUUAACUUUUGAAUCCAUGUCCUAGAAAACCCUGCAAAUACUUCUAGUGAGAUAAAAUGGGCUGGAUUUGUCCUGCCUGCGAUGGAGGCGGGUCUUCUCUUCUGCUCGCGUGUGCAUACACAUACUAGCACUGCCAUGAGCACUUGGCUUUCAGCUAUGAAGGGGAAAAUACUGCUUGCUUCUGUUAGAUUCUUGAAUAAUGGUCAAUUGCGAUGUAAAAUAAGCACACUAAGAAGGUGGUUUCGGUUGGACUAAAUGACAUUGGUUGACGUUCAUACUGAACUUGUGAAAUCUUGAUCAGCUUUGCAUGAGGGGAUAAAUCUGCAGCUCUGACAUGGACUUACAGUUUUUAGUGCUUCUUCUAAAUGUGAAGUUAUUUCUGUGCAGCUCUUUAGCUAAAGCUCUGAGUGUCUCACUGAAGCCUGGAGAUGCUGAGGGAUUUCUUGAGAAAUAUGGCUACCUCCAUGAGCAGGAUCACACACACAAGGCAGAGAAAGUCACAUCGGCUGUCAGGCAGUUUCAGUGGUUGUCCCAUCUGCCAGUUACUGGUCAACUGGACAGUACCACGCUGUUGAAGAUGGCAUCACCACGCUGUGGGGUAAAAGACAGAGGUAGUAAUGAAGCCUGGGCUCAGCGAGUUAACUCUGUUUUUACAGGGCAAAGCCAACAACACCUUCGCCAGAAGCGCUACACUCGGCCGGGAGGGAAGUGGUACAAACAGCAUCUGACGUACCAGAUAGUGAACUGGCCGCGGCAUCUCUCUCAGGGUCCUGUGCGACUGGCAGUGCGAAUGGCUUUCCAGCUCUGGAGCAACGUUUCAGGAUUGGUUUUCCACGAAUGGGAUGAGGGACAGACAGAUAUCCGGCUGGCUUUCUACGAAGGAGAGCACAAUGAUGGCACCAGCAAUGCAUUUGAUGGUCCAGGUGGUGCACUGGCGCACGCUUUUUUCCCCUGCCGGGGUGAGGCUCACUUUGAUAAAGCUGAGCGCUGGACUCUGAGCGGUCACAAAGGUCAUAACCUUUUCCUGGUAACCGCUCAUGAAAUUGGUCACACACUGGGAUUAGAGCAUUCACCAGUCCGGCACGCCCUUAUGUCACCAUACUAUAAGAAGCUUGGCCGCAGUCUGCUGCUCAGCUGGGAUGACAUUACAGCUGUACAACAAUUAUACGGUAAACCAUCUGGAGGUGCAGUCAUCCAAAUCCCAAGCCAAGAUCUAGGCUGGACCAUGCAAGAUUGGGAGUUAUCUGAGGAGUCUAUGGGAGAUCUUACACAGCCUCACUAUUGCAGAAACACGUUUGAUGCAGUCACCAUGGAUGGGAACGGCACACUGCUGGUCUUCAAAGGUGGUCUGUUCUGGACAGUGACAUCAGAGGGUCAUGGAAGUGCUCCUCUUCCUCUAAAGCAGCACUGGCCUCAGCUUCCUUUUGCCAUCGAGGCUGCUGCCUUCUCUCCACUGGAUGGCAAACUUUACUUUUUCAGUGGGAAGCGCAUAUGGCGUUAUUCGGGCAGCGUUUUAGACCUCGGUUUCCCCAGGAAGAGCAGCGAGUGUGACAUGCCGAGACACCCAGACUGCGCCUUCUUCUAUGCUCCUCUGGGCCACAUGGUGGUCUUCAAAGGCUCGCGUUACUUCGUAUUAAACCUGGAGACACUGCGCUGUGAGCCAUAUUACCCUAGAGGCCUUGCUGAUUGGAAGGGAGUGCCACGAAGGGCCAACGGCGCCGUCACAAGAGCCGACGGAAAGCUUUAUUUUUUCCGUGAACAGCGGUACUGGAGGUUCGAUCCAAGGAAACUACGUGUCACUGCAAGUGGACAAUGGACAAAGAAACUGCCAUGGACCGGCUGCCAUAGAACUCCCUCAAAUGAUGUGCUAUGAACAGACUUCAUGUUCAAGUGAAAUAUCCUAUGACAGAAUGAGAUUUACAAGAGCUACGUGCAAUUCAAAAGAAAACUGAAAAUGUCUUUUUAUUCUGGCAUUGUGAUUAUAAUUUUUUUUUUCAGGUGUAUGCCAGGGCAAAAGGACAGCUAUCGCUAUGAGUCUAGAACAAAUGCAUACAACAUGUUGACAUUUUAGGUGUUUUUACAGUUUACAAAAUGCGAAUUUUAGAAUUUUCAAGUUACCUUACCACGCAAUUAUGUGUAAAUGUCUAUAGCACUAAUAAUGUAAUUGUGUAAAUGUCUAUAGCACUAAUUGUAAGUACCAUAAAAACUAGUUUUUUAUUAAUAUUGUAAAUGAACGGAUCUUGGAUAGAUGGCCGGUUUAGACAGGUUUCCAUUUGCACAUACAAUAUACCUCUGAUCCAUGAAGAAAUGGAUCAUAUUAAUAUUAGUAUUUAUAUUAGUUUUUAGUAUAGUUGAAAUUGCAAAAACAAGAGCUAAUUACCCCACUGCUUGUAAUUUUCAAAUAACUUUUUAUACCUAUUAAAGAAGUUCCA